AUGGCUACUAGUGUUGCUAAGAAGCGGAAGUACAUCGAUGGAUACAUUAACUACGGAUUUACAUCAAUCCUCGCUGAUGGCAUUGAGAAACCUCAGUGUGUGCUGUGCUUCAAAGUGCUGGGGAACGAUUCUAUGAGGCCACAGUAUGCGGAGAGAGACACCGAUUUCUACAGGCGCCAUGAACGGAGUUUGGGAAAACAGAAACUGGACGAGAGUGGUGCUUUCCAACAACAGACCGUAAGUAUAGUUGAGGCAUCAUACGAGGUUUCCCUCGAAAUAGCAAAGCGAAAGAAGCCCCAUACAAUUGGUGAAACUUUAAUUAAGCCAUGUGCUGCAAAAAUGGUCAAACGGUUCUUGGAGAGGCAAGUGAACGUAAAAUUCAACAAAUUUCCUUGUCAAACGAUACAGUGA